AUGAAUAUAAAUCAUGUCCUUAAGAAUCACUUAAGGAGACUGAGGUCAACCAUUAGAGCCGAGAUGUGGGGCUUAAAACCUGCGCAGAAAAACCAAGGACGGGAGCUAAGCAGCAGCAGCCAGCAACAGCAGACUCCAGUAGACUUUGACUGCCCAGAGGAGUUCGGUUAUUACGCGCACCCUACCGAUUGCACUCACCAUGAGUUGCAGACAUGCGACUGGCCUAGGAACGUAGGAUGCGCACCGGGCCAGCAACAAGCGCUCCAACAGCAAGAGAUCGGCCAGAACUCUAGGCAACAGCUGAGGCAAGAUGCCAGGCAACAAGAGCUCAGGCAGGAACUGGCACGUCACGAACUGAGGCAACAGGAAGCUAGGCAUGACCUGAGGCAACAGGAUGCUAGGCAAGAACUGAGGCAACAAGAGGCAAGGCAAGAACUGAGGCAACAAGAAGCUAGGCAAGAACUCAGGCAACAAGAGGCCAGGCAAGAGCUUAGGCAACAAGAGGCAAGGGAAGACCUAAGGCAACAAGAACUCAGGCAGGACCCGCGCCACGAACUCAGGCCAGAGUACAGGCAAGUACAGGAAGCCUUGAGGCAGCCAAAACAGCAACAGCAGAUACUGCAGCAGGUCGUGGACAACAGGGGCAGGCAGCGAGCGCAAAUCACCGUACCAAAGGCUGAUCUUUAUAACACCGAAGAAGAAGAGCUUGGACCAGCCAUCGAAGAAUUGGAAAUCGACAGACAGCAAAGAGUCUACAGAGGACAACCAUCAACUCUUGGACAGGUUGCAAGUGAUAGGGAUGGUCUGACUCACUCAAACGCCAUACCGGUACCUGCAACUGGAGGUCGAGAUAAACUUUCAGUAAUAUCUUAUGGUGCACAACAGCAAUACAAUAGUCUGAACAAACGGAAACGGACGGAUGGGAUCACCGACUCGGAUCACAACUUUUUGACAAAUAGCCCAAGGGUGAGAAUGAAACGAGACAGCGACCCCAGUUAUCAACAGAGUCUUGGACCUCGCAGUUUCCAGAGGAGGAAUAAGAAACACAACAGAAAGAAGAGGGAGCAACCUUCUGAAAAGAUAGAAACAAGUAAUAAAAAUAAUACUGUCAAUGACACUGCUACUAGUAGUACCUCAGACACACAAGAUCAUAAGGAAAUAAUCCCACAAGGUAAUGAUAAUGAAAAUGUUGAAGAAGAAGAAGAAGAAGAAGAGGAAGAGGAAGAAGAGGAAGAAGGAGAAGAAAGUGAAGAUGAAGAAGAGGAAGAGGAGGAAGAACUUGAUAAUGCUGAAGAAGAACAGAGUGAAGAAGAUGAAAAUGGGAAAGAAAAUAACACAAAAGAUUCAUUAGAAAAACCGGCAUCAAGUGUGGAAAGGAAUGAAACUAAUAAAAGUAACUCUUAUACUGAAUUUAAACUAGACUUUCCCAGCCCACCUUCUUCAUGGGAAUCGUUCGAGGAUUUCAAAAGUUCAUUUGGUGACAUUGACUUUGAUGUUGAAAAGUUUCUUGAAGAUUUGAAAUCUGACAGCUUUGAUGAUGAUAUUUUCGGGAGUAAAAGUAAUAAGAAGCAGCAAGAAGGAAACACCCAACAGGGUGAAGCUCGAAAUGCUAUGAAACCCGCAACUGUUCCAUUGAUCAUAAUACCACCAAGUUUAAAUGCUACUGAAGUUAAAUUUGAACUUUUUUUCCCAAAAUCAUUAGCUAAUAACGUUUCUCUGAGCAAUGCAAGUAUUGUUCCACUAUCUAGUACAGUAGCUACUCCUUUCUCUGAUGAUUACUUGGAAAGAACUUUGACUCUUCCCGCACCCAGUACAACAUUCACAACUCAUCAGCAAAUCCCACCCACCUCAGAAUUUAGAGAUUAUCAAGGCAAUAUAAAAUACACUUUACGAAAACCAGAUGAGGAAGUAACAAAUAAUAAUAUGAAUAUACGAUUAGUCAGUAACAGAAGAUCACAUGAUUAUGAGAUGCCUCGACAACGGUCUGGUACAAGGUCACGUGGCCAAAUUAGGAGGAACAUAUGGAGAGGAAAACCAACUACAAGAGAGAGAAAACUAUCUCAUGGACCUAAUCGUGGAAAUGCAAGAUUCACAUUGAAAAGUCCUCGAUAUUUUGUGAUGAAUACAACUCCUAACUAUAGCAAUGAAAAGAAACCUCGUUUUGAAAGUGUAAAUCCAACACCUGUUUAUGGAAUAAAACAUCCUCAACAAGAUAAUGCACCUAGGUUCAACGGACUAAAUGCUAAACCAACAAGUUUCACAGGUAACCAGGAAUAUAAAUAUUCAUAUGCAACCCAUUUUAACAGCGCUCUUCAUAGGCCUAAUAAAAAUAACAUCAAUGAUGUACAAGCAUUUGAACCUACGACUCCUCGCCAAACAUUUGAAUCAGGAAGCAUUGAAAACAACAGACAUUCUGAUCAAGGGCGCCAAGUCGCAUAUGACUUUUAUGAACAAAGUCCAGACUAUAGAAGGAGACAAAACCUUUAUAGAAGACAAAAUCAAGGAUACAAAUUUUACAGACCAGGAGGUAAAUCUGAAAAUCUUAUUCGUCCACAUAGCACAAUUCAACCAAUUGUAGUAAGAAAUUCAAAUUUUUUUGAAAAUAUAAACAACCCUAUUUAUACAGGAAAAUUGAACUCUGAAACGACAGUUAGCCACAGUGAAGAUAGUGAAAAUAAACCAGAUUUUCCUAUUAAUGACCGACCUACGAAUAUCCCAAUAUAUGAAAUACAAACCACUCAACAACUUUCAUCUAUGAAACAACCAGUUCCUACACCUUACUUUGAAACUGGGAACAGCCAAUCAAGUGAAGAAACUUAUCAUCCCAAAAAGGAUGAACAUGGUUCUCAUACAACAGAAUCAACCUUCAUCUAUGAUGAACAACUUGAAAUUAAUAAUAAUGAGGAUUGGUUAACAAGAAAUCAUUCCAUACAUGAUACAUCACCUUAUAAUACUAAAACAAAAUCUGGAGAACCUGUAGCAUAUCGCAAUCCAUCACAUAAUAAUGAACCUUCAUCUCCAUCUUUUAGAUACACAUCUGAAUCAAAUAGAGAUGAUUAUAACCAAAUUCAAGAUUCAACUACAGAUGAAAAAGACAAUGCUGAAAUAAAAAAUCCAAACCCAUCAACCUCAUUUGAAAAACCAAAGGCAACAGUAGCAUAUCCUGACUAUACAGAAAGCAACCAGUCCAUUAAAAUAAAUGAUCAAUUUAGUCCUACCACCUCAUAUCAACUAAACAUACAGCAACAAUAUCCUCAGAAUCAUAAGAUCACUCAUUCUUCUGCAUCAGAUUCGUCAGCUGAAAUUUCAGAAGAAAACAACAGCGGACAAACAAGUAAUUUUAGUGCAUCAGCAAAAAAACCUUCCUCAUAUUUUUAUGUCAACCAAAAAAUAGGCCCAGUAAAAAAAAUUGCUAUCUUUAAUAAUAUCCCAUCAGAUGCUUCAAGUGAUGAUGAAUAUGACUAUUAUAAUGACUAUGAUGAAGAAGAUUAUGAAGAUUUAAGUAAUGAAACGACACCAAAACCACCACAAAUUCCUAAAACCUUACAAAAUAUUGAUAACCAAGAAUUCGAAGAUCCAGAAUAUGAUGAUUAUAACGAUGAUGAAACAGAUUAUGAUGACGAAUCUAAAGAAAAAGAUGGAAAUGAAAUGGGUAGUGGAGAAGAUUAUUAUGAUGAUGAUGAAGAAAAAGAAGAAAUUAAAGAAGGAGAGACUAAGACUGUAAAAGUAGAAGCAAAGGGUCAAGAAGGUAGUAUAGAGCGACCACUGACAGUCACUCCAAGACCAGGAUGCAUUUUUGCCGGGAGAGCAGAAAAUGGGCAAAAACGACUGCUCUGUCCUCGUCGAAAUUCAACAGACAGACCGAACACGACUGCUGAUGACCAGACCAACAGUGAACAGACUCGCAGGACAAUUACUUUACUCAGGGCAAGUGUUCAACCUGUACAACAACCCUAUGAUAGCCGAGGCUAUAACACAACCAGGUACAUUCAACAACAACAGCAGCAAUAUACAGACCCCAACUAUUAUUCAGUAUAUGAUGAAGAAGCUGAACAAUACAAGGAUAUUGCCGACUAUGCACAGUACAUUCAACAAAACAAGCAAGACAUAUAUACCCGGAAAAAGCCAUCAGUAGAAAUAGUUCAACAAGAACCAGUUCAAAGAGGAGCUACCUUUCAAAAGAAUAAAUACUCCACCCAACCAGAAAACAUCUACCAGUCAGUUACUCCACAGGAAUAUGACUCAUACAGUAUCCAGAACAAUGAUGACCUUUAUAGGCAAGUUCAGACUAAACCUAGCACCAGAUUUCCUGAAGUAAAGGAGUUGGGAUCGACUCAAGGGGAGAGAAGGUUUAUCACUCUUUCUACGAAGUUAGCCAACAACCCUUUACCAACAGACACCCCGACAAAGACUGACAGGGUUGGCAGCGGAUUUCGCUUAGAUAACACGCAAACCGAGGCAAAUGUAGUGAAUAUCACUCCAAGAAAAUUAGGGCAAGCAGAUACACAAGCAAGACCUACAUCUACAAUUGAGAGAACUGGUUCUUUAGCACAACAAGUCAAUGCUCUAGCACCAUCAGGUUUUAUCUUAGACCCAGUCACUAAGGUUCUAGAUGUUUUAACUAGAUCGGGUGAGUAUUUAAGUGAUGAAGCAAGUGUUGAAGAAAGUAAAGAAGUUAAUCAGGUGGCUACUGGUGUGAGUCAUAGAAGAAAAUCACCUUUGACUGUGGAAGAAAUUGAUAUAGAUCAUCUCAAAAACAUCAAUUUCCAAAGUACGCCAGCAAGCAGAUUCAAAAUUGCCACAAUAUCCACAGAGACACCAUAUAUUCAACCUGUAAUUGCUAUGAAUAAUGUUGGAAUAAGUCAAAGUUUUGUUCAAACUAGUACAAAACCUCCCACAACACAAGCUGCCACAACAGUUCUUUCUAUAUCACAAACAGUGGAACAAAACCAACAUACAAGAAAAACUUAUGAAAUACCUAAACAAGAUUAUUCAACAGAAAAAACUCCUUCUAUUAGAGAAAAACCCAGACAGCAGUUGGUUAAACAAGAAUAUUCAACCAGAUCAAGAGGAACAGUGAGACAUCAUAAUUCAGGUGAGAUUUUUUAUACUGACCCCGGAAGUGCUCAGGACUACUCUGAUCAAUUAAGUAGCCUAGAAAUACCUAAACAAUGGAGAGAUUUACCUAUUAUGUCUAAAGAAAGAGAUUCUACCCAAUGGUCAAAAGAACAAACAACAAAAGAUUCUGAAGCAAUAUCUAUAUCAAGACAACAACCGCGGUUCAGGCCAGUCACUACAGCAACCAUGGAAGGCCUAACUACAGCAAUACCACCAAGAAAAGUAGAAUCACCAACUUUUCCUGAAACAAUUACCUUAACCAGGACACAACAAAAAUUGGCUGAAAAUGAACAACCUAUAGCUACUUCAAUGUUUCAGCCCAACCAGAGGAUACAACAAACCACCACUAAGAGCCCUGUACAAUAUGAAAGUACAACUCAACAGUUAAGGGUUAUUGGCAUGAGAGCAUCAUUUAAUACCCCAUUUGAUAAAGAAAAUGAAAGAACAACACCAAAACAGCUUUUGAUCAGAAUUCCAGAAACAUUCAGAGUAAGAGAAGAAACAGCAAGGAAACUUGAAGUACCAUCUAUCAAAGCCAACACAUACCAUCAUAGAAAUACUGAAAAAGAACAGUUCUUCAGAGAAAAAGAAAUUGCAACAGAUGAUUCUGAACCUUCUUCUGAAGAAGCCCGAAAACCUAUUUCAAUCAGAAUUCCUGACACAUAUACAAGAAGCCAUGGUACAGAAAAUAGCCGCGACUCUCUCUCAUAUAGGAAACAAAAUAUAAAGCCCAGAGAAAGAGGUGAAACCGAAUAUGAAAAGGAAAAACCCACCCCAAUCAGGCACACUGAUUCUAUAGAAUUCAAUACAAGAUCAAAAGAACGGGGUUCUCACAGAUUAAUGGACAGUGGAAAGCAAGCAGCAAAUAGCAAUGAUGGUGAACAAUCAAGAGGACAAACUUUGAGAUCAAGGGAAUAUAUGAAUACAGUAACAUCCCCCGCAUCAUCCUCUGAAAUUCAAAAUUUACAACCAAAAACUAAUCAGCAAACCGAGUCGAGACAAAGGGAAAGCCUAACUGUAAGAUCUAGGGAACAAUCAGACGUGGAAGUUGCAAAACCUAUAGCUGUAAGAGUGCCAAAUGAUAAUGCUAAUGCUAAUGAUAAACAACAAUACAAGUAUAGAAAUGAAGGUGAAUCUGAUCAAAUGGAAGAAGUGAGAGGGCAGAGCAGAGAUAGAGAAGUUAGCCAUAGGAGAGGGGAGAAGAGAGGUAGGGGACAACUAACUGACUCUGACAGGAAUAGUGAGAUAACAAACAGAUUUGAAGUAGCGACAACACUGAGACCAAAAUAUAGGCUUACUGCCCCCUCAAUAACAUCCAAACCAAUCUUAUCACGACCUCCAAAAAAAUUUAGAAACGGAACAAUUUAUGCUGACCAAACCCUCCCAAUUGGAACUGACAUGACUGAUUCCCCUCCUUCCGCAGAACCAGAUCCAUCAAUAAGGGCUCGUCCGAUGAGUAACAACACCCCAUCUACCCCUGGCUCGACCAGGAAUAAUCAGCGCCAUCGGGGAUCCCAAACCUACACUGUAUCUCCUAAUGAAGCAGAACCAGCACCAUCCCCUGUAGCUACUUCUCCGCCCAGAGGCACUCUACCUCCUAACAGAGGUAGACCAACAUUGAAACCAUCCAAUUCAGUAGUAAGUAAAGCAGCAGAAUUUGUGGACAUCUACCGAUUCCCUCCAAGCAGACCCGAAAAUGUGUACCCUACUCCACAAGUUGACAAGACAGCCGCUAAAUGCAGGAAAGAUGUUUGCCUGUUGCCAGAUUGUUACUGUGGUGGAAAAGAUGUUCCAGGAGAACUGACUCCAGAAGAGACCCCUCAGAUAGUUCUGCUCACAUUUGAUGAUUCAGUCAACGACCUCAAUAAAGGACUUUACUCCGAUCUGUUUGACAAGGGCAGGGUCAACCCCAAUGGCUGUCCUAUUUCGGCUACUUUCUAUGUCUCUCACGAAUGGACUGACUACAGCCAAGUCCAAAACCUCUAUGCAGGUGGUCAUGAAAUAGCUUCCCACUCUGUCUCGCACAGUUUUGGUGAACAGUUCUCACAGAAGAAAUGGACAAGAGAAAUAGCCGGACAGAGGGAAAUACUCGCUGCAUAUGGUGGAGUAAAGUUGGAAGACAUCAGAGGAAUGAGAGCACCUUUCUUAGCUGUAUGA